AUGUCGUUCGGCGGAUUUGGGGGCGGCUUCGGCACAAACACCAACCAGCAGUCCUCGGGCGGGUUUGGUGGCUUUGGAGCCAACAAUAACACCACUUCAUCAGGCUUCGGCUCCAACACUGGAGGCUUUGGUGCAUCUACCAACACCGGCGGCGGCAUGUUUGGCGGCAAUACCGGAGGCGGCUUUGGCUCAACGCCUGGCGGCUUUGGAUCAAACGCGGGCGGCUUUGGCAGCAAGCCUUCUUUCGGCUCGACCCCUACUACUACUCCUGCUUCAGGUGGUCUCUUUGGAGCCUCCAGCACCCCUAGCAGCACCGGUACGGGCUUUGGUGGGUUUGGAUCAAACACCAACACUACCACCCCCUCUGCGUUUGGCAGUAACACUACUGGCGGCGGCCUAUUCGGCAAUGCUAAUAAACCAGCAGGCGGUUUCGGAGCUGCGAACACGGGCUCUCUGUUUGGCGGCGGCAACACCAACACCGCUUCCAACACGGGCACGGGUUUUGGCAACUUUGGUUCGACUAAUACUCUGGGCGGCACCACUGGCGAUCCUCCAGGCACGGCCGUCACUCCUUUCCAAGCCUUCAACGAAAAAGAGCCCAACAGCAGCACCAACACUUCCAACGCAUUCCAGAAUAUCUUAUUCCAAGAUCCCUAUAAGAAGUGGUCUGCUGAUGAGCUGAGAUUGGUAGACUACGUCCAGGGCAGACGGCACGGCAACCCCAGCGGUGCUGGCGCUUUUGGGGUAGGCUCGGGCUUCGGCGGCUUCGGCAAUCAGACGAAUACUCCUUCAACUGGUGGCUUUGGAGCGACAAACACCACUGGCGGAUUGUUUGGAGCAACCAACACGCCUAAUACCGCAACCUCUGGCUUCGGCGGCGGUUUUGGCACCCAAAAUACCCCUGCUACCAGCAAUACUGGUGGUGGCCUCUUUGGCAACGCCAACAAGCCAAGUGGAGGUCUGUUUGGAAACACCCAGCAGAACCAAACCGGAGGUCUUUUUGGGACAGGCGCUGCCAACACCGGGACAACUGGUGGUUUUGGUUCGACACCCGCCACUGGUGGUGGACUUUUCGGUGCAACGAACAACGCUGCAGCUAACACUGGCGGAGGCUUGUUCGGCAACACUGCACAGAAGCCUGCAGGCACUGGAUUCAGUUUCGGCAACAACACAAACACGCCAUCCACGGGCUUUGGAACGACCAAUAACGCUUUUGGCUCAAAUACCAACACCGCGACUGGCGGCGGUCUUUUUGGAAACACCAACGCCAGCGCACAGCCUAGCGGAGGUCUCUUUGGGAACAACGCUCAGCAGCAGCAGAAUACCUCAGGAGGCUUGUUUGGUCAGGCGCAAACUCAACAGUCUGGGGGGUUGUUUGGCAACACUCAGCAGAAGCCAGCUACAGGCGGGCUUUUUGGCUCCACCCCUGCCGCUACCAACACAGGUGGUGGCCUUUUCGGAGGCAACACAGCCCAACAGCAGGGAACGACAGGCCUGGGAGGCACAAAUACAGCUGCUGGAGGCCUUUUCGGAGCUAAGCCAGCUACAGGUACUGGACUUUUUGGCUCCACGCCUGCUGCUACCACCACAGGCGGCGGCCUUUUCGGUGGUACCGGCGCUCAGACUCAGCAAGCUGCCGGCACAGGCCUGUUUGGAUCAGCAGCAAAUCAGCAGAAGCCUGGCCUCUUUGGAUCUACGCCCGCAGCAGCAGGUACGGGACUGUUCGGUAACACUGCAGCGGGAACUCAAGGUGGAAUCUUUAGCAACGCUGGUAACCAACAGCAACAAAGCCUUGGCCUCGGUGGCUCCUUGCUAGGGGCUUCUCAGGCAGUUAACAACGUGCCUCAAGGUCUCACUGCAAACUUGAGCGACGUCUCGGCUUAUGGCUCGCCAUCGUUGUUCUCUGGGGUUAGUGGAGGCGAAGUCCCGAACCCUGGUCCACUCGCGGUGCCCCUGAGCGGACAGCCGAAGCCCAAGAGACCCUCAAUCUUCCCCAUGUAUAAGUUUACACCUGCGGCUUCCGGUCGUUUUGGCACACCCCAAAAGAGAGGAUUCGGCUUCUCCUACAGCAGCUAUGGGACUCCUGGAGGAGGAAGCCCCGCAGUCCUCUCUGGCACUCCCAGCAGUCUGGGCCGUAACUUGUUGGGCGCCAGCAGCAGCGGAACCGCCCUCAGCAAGAGCAUAUCGUCAAACAAUCUGCGCCGCACUGUCAACGCCGAGGACAGUAUUCUCCUGCCUGGCGCCUUCUCUAAUACUAACAACACGCGCUGGUAUGGAAGCACGGGCUCAAAGAAGCUGGUUAUUAACCGCGAACUGAGGAGCGACCUCUUCUCUACGCCGGCAAAGGACGGCCGGAACGGCGAUAAUGGAACCGGCCCACGAAAACUGGCUAAGCGAGUCAGUUUUGAUACCAACGUAGAUGGCGAAGACUCCUCCCCUGUACGAGCGUUACCAGCUCCUGGUGAUGUGCCAGAAACUCCUGGUGAGGAUACUCCCCGGUCGGACAAGUCGACUCCCACCACGAACGGACUUCGAACUCCCGAAAUGGAGCAAUUUAAGGGCAAGGGCAAGGACAAGGAAUUGGCCAUUGUUCAAGAGGAAGACAGCGCUACGCCCGAGCCCCAGGCCAACGGUUUUGAUAACGCUCCAGGAAAAUACUGGAUGGACCCUUCACGGGAGGAACUCCAGAACAUGAACAGAAUUCAGCGACAGCGGAUUGAUAACUUCACCGUUGGCCGAGAGAAUGUCGGUUCCAUUACCUUUAAGAUCCCGGUGGAUAUUAGCGCCAUCGAUCUCGAUGAGCUUUGCGGUGGUAUCAUCCAACUGGAGCCUCGGUCUGCAACUGUCUAUCCCAUUGCGGCGAAGAAGCCACCCGUCGGAAAGGGUCUGAAUGUGCCUGCUAGGAUAACAUUGGAACAAUCUUGGCCUCGCGGUGGUCGAGACAAGAGGGUCUCAAGCGACCCCAAGCGCUUCAAUAAGCACAUUGAGCGGCUGAAGCGUAUUGUCGACACCACCUUUGAGAGCUACGAUGUGGACACGGGAGUUUGGGUCUUCUCCGUUGAGCACUUCACAACAUACGGACUGGACGACUCGGAUGAAGAGACUGAUUUUGACACUACUCUCGACCUUCCUACUGCAGCCCCAUUGUCCAACAUCGCACCGCCGGCACCGUCCCAUCCAUCUCGAGAUGAUGACGCGAUGGAUUUUUCUCAAUCGCACAUGAUUCCUGGCACUUUCGACGACCAGGAAGGGCUGUUCACAACUGAGUUCACUGGACGACAGUCUUUUUUAGGGGUUAGCUCCGCGGACUCUGCUACAUAUGAUGUCAAACUCUCACUGGAAAAUGAAAUGACCGGUGACGACAUCGCAGAGUAUGAUAUGUCCGAGGAUGAAGACAUGACGAGGUCUUCUAUCGGACAGCAUCUCGCCGCGGAGCAUGACGAUGCCUCGUCCGAGGGUGGCCAGGAUACUAAGCGCUCGACCGCAACUCCUGGUGGCAUUCUCAGAGCCAGAAUGAGAGCGAUGAAGGAUUCAGCUGGCCCUGUUAAGCUUGAAGUCGCAGAUGGCGACGACUGGAUGGAAAUGUUGAGGAAGACGGUCAGCCCUAUUAAAAGGGACCGCCAUCUGCUAAAAGAGGUAGCCGGUGCUGCCCCUAAGGGGGGAAAGACGGUAACAUUUGAUCUCGACGACGAAUCGGAUUUUCGAAAGUCGUCUAUUUGGGGCAGGAGCAUAACCAGGUCCGAUAGGAAAAACGGACCUGCGACUGGUGCUCAGAUUGGUAUGGAUCAAGGACGUGGAUUCGCUACGAGUAUCGACUUGAUGAAUUCCUUGUUUGAGAAGCCAAAGCCGAAGCCGGCACGUCAGGAGUUUAACGCUUCUCAAUCUGCCAAAGGUUUUCCCAAGUUCCCAUACGAACGACAGGCUAAGAUUCUUACGGCCGAAGAAGAGGAGCGCGCCUUUCAUAGCGUCUCGAGGCCAACCUGGGGACCAGAUGAGACCCUUGUCUUGAUUCGGUCGCUGGACGGCUCACACUCGCGCCGGUCAAUACGUGAUAACACGGAUAUCCUGACGUUUCAGCGGUCUAAUAUAGAGACCAAUGAGCAGGAUGUUCGCCUGGCUACAUUCACUGCUGAGCCAUCAAAGAAAUAUCUUGCCUCUCAGGAUAUUGUGACCGAGAUAAGCAUCGUUGAGGGAGUGCCACAAGCCAACCUUCACACUACAAGUCUCAAGAGCCUGUAUCAGCCAAAGAUUAUGACUGAUGCGGCCAGCAUCCAUGAGAAGCAGGUCUGGGAGCUCGCAAGCAUUUUAUUCGACAAUCUAGACAACCAAAGUCCGAUGGAGGACGAGCAUUUGGCGCGCAGAAACAAGCUGUCCCAAUUCUGGUCCGAUUUGGUCGACCAGGCCUCAUCUACGGCUAUUGGCCUCGCAGCCACUAGUGAAGAGAAGGCGCUCGCAUGUCUUGCCGGUCACCGGAUCCCAGAAGCCUGUAAACACCUCUUGGAUGGUAGGAACUUCCGCCUUGCAACUCUGGUCCCCCUGAUCGGCACUAGUGAUGUCGCAAAGAAGGAAAUGAGAGAGCAGGUGAAGUCGUGGUUGGAUUCGAAGAUACUGUCUGAGUUUUCCGAGGCCAUUCGUACCAUUUACGAGCUCCUGAGUGGAAAUGUCUGUGUCUGCGAGGGUUUGAAGGGUGUACCCAACGAGGAUCGAGUCGAUUCCUUUGUCAUCUCGAAGCACUUUGGUUUAGACUGGAGACAAUCUUUCGGCUUGCGACUGUGGUAUGCCAUUUCGAAGCAUGAUGACCUGUCCGCUGCCGUCGAGAAGUUCAAGGACGACAUUGAUCAAGAUAAGGAGGACUUGCCUCGCCCCUGGUAUGUUGAGCAGGGUAUCGCUCCUCUUUGGGACGAUACCAAUAUCGACACUCGCCAAGAUCUGCUCUGGGGUCUUUUGCAGCUGUAUGCUGACCAAGACGCCGACUUGGAGGCUGUCCUUCGCCCGGAGAACUCGCAGCUUUCCCCUCUUGACGCGAGACUUCGAUGGCAGCUGGGCAUCGCCCUGACAUCCACCGGCAAGGUCUCAUAUGGUGCAAACGGGUUAGAAAAGGCCGAUGCCGCUACUCUUGCAUAUGCUGCCCAACUUACCCGGGCAGGCGAGUGGCUCGAAGCUGCUUUCGUGUUGCUACACCUGCACCACACAGCAGCACGCAAAAAGGCUCUCCAAGAACACCUCUGUCAGCACGCCAACUUGAUUGGAUCCGAGUCAGAUGCCAACUUUGUCAUGCUCACGGAGAAGUACCGCAUCCCAGUAGCUUGGAUCUGGGAAGCUCUUGCACUCUAUAUGCGUUGCGUGAAGAAAGAUUCUGUGGCUGAAAUGCAGUGCCUUUUGCGAGCAGGAUCACAUGUUGAAGCCCACCGCAUUUUGGUUCAGCACGUUGCCCCGCAGGCCAUUAUUGAGCGUGACUACGCCGGCUUGUCGUCUCUCAUCGCACAAUUCCAAGAUCGUCAACAGGGCAUCUCAGAAUGGACCCAGGGUGGUGAGAUUUAUGGCCACUUCCUCCAGCUGAUCGAAUGCCGGGGUAAAGGAGAAAGCGUUUCCCCUGCCCUGCUGGAUAGGCUCCUUGCAGGUCUGAACGCGAUGAAGGAUAUUGGAGUAGAGAGCAACAUUACACGAUACGCCGCUAUCUCCGACAUGGCAGACGAAACUGCCCGAGAAAUCGUCAAGUUGACACGACAGAAACAGGAUAUGGAACUUCGAUCCCGAAUUUUGAGCCUUCCACUUACCCAAGAUCGACUGCUCGCAUACUCGGUUGACCUGAGUUUGGACCGCUACAGAGAGGUGAUGUCACAUUAGGUGUUGGGAAUGAGAGCGGAUUGGAUUGGAUGGGAUGAGUUGAGAUGAAAUGGAUAGGACUCGGAAAUACCUGCUGCAUUGAGGUUUUGAUUUAUUCACUGUUUUCUUUCUUUUCUUAUAACAAGACAAAGGGAGUGCACAAACUGAUAGGAGAGGAGAUUAGCUAGCAUCAUGAGUGGAAGGACAAGGGAAAGGAAGAACCAACCAUAGGCUAAACUUGGAGUGUAGUAUAAUAGCUGUUUGAUUUAGAUUGAUGCGAUUUGCUGUCGCGUGUAAUGAAGAUUUGGAUGAAGUCU